AUGUCUGACUGGGAAACCACCACCGUCAUUGGCAACCGCCGCACUGGAGCCGGUGCUCCUCAGCACUCCCAAACCCUCAGAGGCAACAGCGCCAUCAACGCCGCCAAGCGCACUGGAGGCGUUACCUCCGAGAAGAAGUACACCACCGGUAACCUCGCUGCCAAGGCAGGCCAACCCGAAGGCCAGCUCAUGACCAAGGUCGACCGCAGCGACGACAUCGUCAAGCCCAAAUACGUUGAGAAGCACAUCACCGCCAAUGUCAUAAGCCUCCGCACCAGCAAGGGUCUGUCACAAAAGCAGCUCGCCAGUUCCGCCAACGUCCCUAUCAAGGUUCUCCAAGAGAUCGAGAGUGGAAAGGCUAUGGCCAAGGACGCAAACCCCGCUCUGAACCAAUUGCAGAAGGUUCUUGGGUUUGGCCUGCGCAAGAAGCCCGCUCCUGCUAAAUAA